GAAUUGAGAGCUGAGAGCUAACAUUGGAGUGGAUGUUGGCUUUAGAGGACUGGCUCACCAAUGCUGGUGUGUGUAUGUGUCUAGUGUUGCACUACUGCUUGUGCUCAGUGAUUGCAAAUGAAAGUACAUUCAUAUGAAUGCUGUGAGUCCACCAUAUUAUCGAAAGAGAGGGGAGACUCGCCUAUGGAUCAGCAUUUGUAGUCAACUAAACACUAUAUUUAUUAGUGAUUUUUAUGUAUUUAUUCAAAUUAAUUAAAUAAUUGAAUGACAAUUUAUGAUUAAAUGAUGUCUUCAUCGCCGACACCUUCAUCAUCGGGUGCUCUUCACGACAAUACUUUAUAUGUCAAUAAUGAGCUUACCACUGCCUCGAGUUCGAGUCAAUAUCUUCAUCACAUGACAUCCAAUACUGUCGAUCAAAAUAUGGUGUCUUCGACACAACACAAUGCCAAUAAUCACAGUCAUAAUCAUAUUAGUCACCAACAGCCUUUUAAGCAUAUGUUGGCCCAGAAAUAUGCAGCGGAAUCGACAUCAGAACAGACGGGCAGUUCUUCAGAAAACAAUCAGCAGAUGCACCACAAUAUGCAACAGUUUUACGCCUAUUCACCGCUCGUUAGCAGCAGUUGUAGUUCCCAUCACUUUGAAAGCAAUUUGUUGGACGCAAAUAGCGUACAAAACGAUGUAAUUCACGUGGAGUCGACCAGUGGACAAAUGGAUACCGACGACACACAUCUGAUCCAAAGCAAUAUAUUUCAUGACAACGUUAUGGACAAUCUUAUAAAACAUGAACAACAGUCGACUUCAAUGAACUCUGGAUUAGUUUCUUCCACUUCAACACCUAAUAUGUGUCGACAGGAUAUGAUAUUUGAGUGCAACAGUGAAGCAGUUGACUCUACGACCAGUGCUGGACAUCAACUGAGUUAUGUGCAGCCAAUACAUACAUAUCAAGAACCCAUAGAUAAGCUAUCAAUUCAAUCGUUGGUCUCAAUGCAGUCAUCAGAUCCAUCACACCAUUUAUUACAAACUCAUUAUUUACAUCCAAAUUCAGACAAUCAGAUGCCUAUACUUCAACAACAAGCAGUUGAACAAUGUGUUCAACCUAUUGAAGAACAAUCACAUCAGACAAACAAUGUUAGCGUAGAGUUGGAAGUACCUCAAGAACAUGUCAUCAGUGAUCUACCAGUUCUUAGUAGAGCUCGAGCUUCACUGCCAUCUGAAUACUUAUAUAUAGAAGAAACCGAUAACUCGAUUGGUGUUAUAGGAGUUUUUGCUAAAAAGACAAUUCCAAAGAGGACACAGUUUGGACCCGUCGAGGGUGUCAUUGUUGGUCACAAUCAUUCAAAUGUUCACAACUUUAAUCACAAUCUAAUGAUAUUCAUAACAGAGACUCUAAUUUUAGACCAAAGUGACGAAAAUCAAUCAAAUUGGAUGAAAUUUGUGCGAUCGGCCAAUACUUAUGAAGAACAGAACUUAGCGCUUAUCACUAAAGAGAAUAUCACUGGAAAUGAGAUCGAAAUUAAAUUCUUCUUUCACACCACAAGAGCUAUUUAUGCACGAGAAGAGCUCAAAGUGUGGUAUUCAAGAGAAUACGCAGAAAAGUUUAAUCUUAAAGUAUUAGAACCCAGACCUCCAAUACCAGAAGUUGAAGAACAAAACAAUGAAAAUAUAGUUCCCAAACCUAAUACUAAUCCAAUUGAUAUUGUGGCCACCGGUGGACACAAACUAAGAAAUAAAAUUGCUAAAACUCAACAACAGCUUCAACAGCAACAACAACAACAACAACAACAAAUACAACAACAACAACCAGAAACACAACCUAUUGUCAGUCAAACCAUAUCUAAUAGUUCUGUGACCACAGCAAAGGACAAUACUAGUCAACCUAAAUAUCAAUGCGAGACCUGUCAGAAGGUAUUCCCCAGAUUUUAUAGCUUAAGGAGACAUCAAAUUAUGCAUUCAGGUGAAAAGAAGUACAAGUGUCCCAUCUGUUUCAUGUCAUUCAGUCACGUAUAUAAUCGCAACAGACACGUGAAGAAACACUCAAAAUCUCCGGUCACUAAAAAACUUAUUGUUGAAACCCAAGGAACAAGUGAUCAAAUAUUAGAUAAUUUGACAGAAACUAUGAAGAAGAGUACAAAUAACACAAAUGAUGAACUAAUGAAAGCACCGACAAGUGUGCCGAUCGUCGCCCGAAAAAGUUCUCCAAAAGUGGUCAACAACUCUAAUAAGCCGUUCCGAUGUCAUGAAUGCUAUAAAUGUUUUACAACUGACGAUCGUCUCUUAAGACAUGCUAUCGUCCAUUCAAGUGAUGAGGACGUGAAACCAUUAGCCUGUGAUAUCUGUCAAAAGAGAUUUCUUAACAAUUCUGCCCUUUCUUGUCAUCUAAAAGUUCAUAGUACGCCUAAGGAUCAGCCUCGAAGAUAUGAUUGUGUUAUAUGUAAACAAUGGUUUGAUUCAACACAACAAAGAAAAGAUCACAUUAUAACACACGCCAAUCCAAUAACGGGACAGUUUACAUGUCCUAACUGUUCAAAGGGUUUCGACGAGUUUGCGGCCGUUCGUAAACAUAUCCGAGCCUUUCAUUCGGACAAACAAUACCCGUGCACUCAAUGCGAGAAAGUAUUUCCACGACCCGACAAACUCAAGUUACAUAUGUUAAGACACAGUGAUCACCGAGAGUUCUUGUGUGCCAAUUGUGGCAAACAAUUCAAACGCAAAGACAAAUUAAAAGAACACAUGCAGAGAAUGCAUGCACCCGACAGAGAGGCCAAACUGGCCGCCAAACAAGCGGCCAAACAGGCACAACAAAUGAGUCAACAAAAUAAAAAGUUUAUACCAAAAGUGUCACCAACUGAUUACCACCGAUUCAUUUAUAAAUGCCAUACUUGUCUUCUCGGUUUUAAAAGGAGAGGAAUGCUUGUUAACCAUUUGGCCAAAAGACAUCCCGAUAUACCACCCGAUUCUGUGCCCGAACUUAAUCUACCUAUACUUAAGACAACUCGUGAUUAUUAUUGUCAAUAUUGUGACAAAAUAUAUAAAUCAAGUUCUAAAAGAAAAGCCCAUAUAAUGAAAAAUCAUCCAGGUAAAUCAUUACCACUUUCCAAUAGACAUAAGGGAGGCAUUCCUUUGGUACCAGGAGUUCCCAAUCCGACCUAUAGUGCAACGGUAGGCAGUAUAACAACACAUCCGCAUUACUGUGAUUGGUGUCACAAACAAUACGCCAGUAAAGCUAAACUAUUACAACACCAGCGCAAGAAACAUCCGGAACAGAUGGCUAUUAUCAAUUGCAAUGCCCGCACCAGACAACGUACUACCACUCCAACAGCAGCUCCCAUAUCGACUCAAUCCAUGACUGGGCAGACUAUAACCCAAACUCCAAACAUAAUGUCCACUCAAAGUACCAGCCAAUCAACAGUGGCAGUCGGAUCCGGUGUGUCCACUAACCUGAUCACCAUUUUGGGAAAUAUCAAUAACAUAAUAAGCGCCACAAUGAACAAUGAUUUGUCCCAAACAAAUGCAUCCACUGUUGAUCUUCAAGAGCUACUUCAGGGUAGCUCUAGUGAUCUAUUGACUCAAGCUAUGUCCGAAUUGACGGCCACUAAAGGUGAGGGCGGAACUACUCUUAUAAUUACAACACAUCCUUCUGAUGACGACCACAAUUGGAGUCAAGUUUGUGGUGAAAUCAAUGAAGUUUAAUGAUUGUAAUUGUAUUAAAUUAUAUGAAUAAUCAAAUUAU